AUGAGGCGCCCUGAGGAGCCCUCAGAUUUCCCCUUCUCAGAGACCGUGCGGCCCGGACUCCGACGCUCCCACCGCAACCAAGACCGAGGCCCCGGCGACCCCUCGAGUCGGGGGCUUCCCGGCCACCCCCCUCUCCGGAGCCCGCCGGCCGUCGCCAUGGCAUGCAGUUUGCAGAAGCUGUUUACUGUGGAAGAGGAGUUUGAAGAUGAGGAUUUUUUAUCUGCUGUGGAGGAUGCAGAGAACGAGUUUGCUGGCUCACGGCCUUUGAAUGCUGGAUGCCUGAGACCUGUCUCUUCUAGGCCACAGGAGACCGUGCCGGCACAGUCUUCUGGGCAGCUGCCGUCAUGCCCCACUGCUCUUUCAGAGGCUUUGGGCCCGUCAGCCCUGGGACUCCGCCUUCCUACCUCCAGCAUGCCCAGGGCCAUCAGGGACCCACCUUCCAUAGGAACAGCCCCCCUAAGGCCUGUCCCGACUUCUAGCAGCUGGACUGGUCAUCAGAGACGAGUGUCCCUGCCAGAAGUGCUCAAAGAGCCGGCGAGACCCCAGACAUCAGCCUCCCGCCCCCUGCUCACCUUUGAGAGCCAACAGCAGAUGAUUGGUGGCUUUGAGGGUCCUGAACAAGAUGAAUUUGAUAAGGUCCUGGCAAGCAUGGAGCUGGAGGGGCCUGGCGUGGAGCUGGAACUUGGAAUCAGCAGUGAGGCCACGGGAAUCCCGCCCACCUGGCAGCAGGAGGACUUAGCUUUGGCUAAAAAGGCUCGCGUAGCUGAGCUGAGCAGGUCUUGCCAAAAGAGGCCCACGCCUGCCUCCCACAUAACGAGUGUCAUGUCAGCCGACGAUGAGCCCCCAGCACCUGGGGUCCACUGUAGGACUGCACAGCCCCACCUGAGACCCGGUGCCGUGAGCAACCUUCCUACCCCAACUGCCUCAACAGUUCCUGCUCAGCAACCCCACUCGGAAGCCUGCCCUCAGGGGCCCGCUCUUCGAGCGGCACAGCCUCUCCAAGCUGCUGGCCGGCCUGUUCAGAGCGGCCCGCAAAGUCCUUUCCCUGGUCAGUCAUUCCAACGUCCAAAUGCCUGCUUGCGUGGCAAAUCUCACCUUCCUGGUCCACGAACUCCCAACUCGAUCUGUUCUACUCCCUCGAGGACUAUCUCUGCAUUAUUUCCUCGGAGCCCCUUACAACCCCGAGCUCCAGCGGCUUCCGUCAAGUGUCCUGCCGGCACCCCAAAGAGCCCCCAUUCCUCCCUGGUCCUCCAAGCAGCUCUCCAGCCACCCAUAGUCACCAACCACCUGGUGCAGCUGGUCACUGCUGCCAACCGGACACCCCAGCGACCCGCCCGCACCAAAACCCGCCGCUUCCCCGGCCCCGCAGGGAUCCUGCCCCACCAGCACAGUGGGAAAAAUCUGGAGGAGAUCAUGGUUUCCACACCCCAGACUCCGACUCAUGGUGCCCUGGCUAAAUUCCGGGCCGAGAUUGUUACUAGUUCCCAGGCGUCGGUGGAGGAGGAUUUUGGGCGAGGGCCCUGGCUGGCCAUGAAAUCUGCUCUGGGCCUGGAGGAGAGAGACCCCACCUGCUUUCUCUGUACCUAUAGCAUCGUCAUGGUGCUGCGGAAGGCAGCCCUGAGGCAGCUUCCCAGGAACAAGGUCCCCAACAUGGCAGUGAUGAUCAAGUCCCUGAGUCGGAGCACGAUGGACGCCAGUGUGGUUUUCAAGGACCCCACGGGAGAGAUGCAGGGCACGGUGCACAGGUUGCUGCUCGAGGCCCGGCAGAGUGAGCUGAAGCCUGGCUCAGUGCUGCUGCUGAAGCAGGUUGGAGUGUUUUCUCCUUCGCUCCGAAAUCACUACCUCAACGUGACGCCCAACAACCUGGUCCAUAUUUACGGCCCAGAUUCUGGGGAUGGGAACUUCCUCAAGCCAUCUCCGCCCUUCCCCAAGGUAAGAGGAGCGGGAUGGAACGGGGCCCGGGAGAUCCGCUUUCUGCCUGUAUAUUCUGGUGUCUUCCCCUCCUUCACCCUGGGGAGCAGAGGUGUGAAGGGGGCAGUUGCCCUGAGGUGA